UACAAUUCGCAUUUCGCUAAUUCUCAAUAACGACUUUACCAAACAGACUCGCGUUUAAAAAUCGAUGUAAAUCGCUAAAAGGAGACUAUUUUAAUGAAACCACUUCUAAAUACGUUAUAAAUAAGUUUUGAGAAUUUUAUUUAUCUCGGCUUGUAAUAAAAUAUAAUGUGUAUCAUCGGAUCAUUUUCGCAUCAACCGGUUGUGCUUUUUUAUGUCAUGGUUAUCCUGAUAUUUGGGCAACAGUACGUUUUUGGGUUAAGUUUUUUUACAAAACCACCCCAAGAAGAUUUUAACACCAAGUUAUUAAUAAACACGACAGUUCCUAACCCUUUAAAUUCGCCAGAAAACUUUAAACCUUUCAUUAACAUCCAUUUGGAUAAUAAAACGUUAAGAGAUUGCCCCGAUAUGAAUUUCGAUUUGGAUGGAAUUACGCAAAAUCAAUUCUCUAAGUUAUUAACUAACGAAUGCCGAUAUGAUAAAUUAACUAAGCCCCAAACUAUUAAUGGCAAAGCUCUAAAUGUUUCUGUUAAAAUUGAUAUAAAACAUAUCGAAGCUAUUGAUCAAUUGAAAUUUCGGAUGGAUAUGAUAAUGCAAUAUAAAUACAUGGACCCCCGAUUAAAUUUCGAACAAUUAUCUCCGAAUAGAACCACAAUGAUCGGUCGCGAUAUCUUAACAGGAAGAAUUUGGGUGCCACAUUUAAUGGUUUUAAACGAAAAAUCGAGUACUAUGAUGGGGUUCGGUAGCAAAGAUCAAUUUAUUGCUAUUUCACCUCAAGGAGAAGUCGUUUAUUCCUACAGAAUGUCCACGGUGAUUUAUUGCUGGAUGAAUUUGAAGAAAUUUCCUUUCGAUAAACAAAUUUGUAGCGUCAAUUUACAAACAUGGACUUACAACGCAAGUGAAAUGAUGCUUUUUUGGGAAGAAAAAAAUUCUGUUACGAUUUCCCCCCAAUUACAUUUGGCCGAGUUUUGUUUGGAAGAUUAUUGGAACUACCCCGUUUUAAUAGAUCCCCUGAUCGAAAAUGGGGCUUUUGUUGGUGAUUAUAGCGGAUUAGUUUUAAAAUUUAAAGUAGCGAGAGAAGUCGGAUUUUACAUCAUGGACUAUUUCCUACCGUCAAUAAUGUUGGUUGUAACUUCUUGGGGAACGUUUUGGUUACAAGCCGACGCAACCCCACCAAGAGCGACCCUCGGAACUGCGACUAUGUUAUCAUUUAUUACGUUAGCUUCGUCGCAAUCGAAAAAUUUGCCGAAAGUUUCUUACAUAAAAGUGAGCGAAAUAUGGUUUUUGGGGUGUUCGUUUUUUAUUUUCGCCUCAAUGGUAGAAUUCGCCUUUGUUAAUAUAAUUUGGAGACGAAGAAAAGAUGUCGAAUUAAAACGGGUUUCGCCUAAAUACAUUUUUAAAUCGACGAUAACGCCGGGGUUAGCUCGCAAAGAAUUGUAUAAAAGCAAAAAGGAAAUGGAUGAAUUAUACAGUUCGAAUGGGAGCUUAGAUAAAUCAUCAUCGUCGAUUAUUAUCGAUGAUUUAGUCGAGAAUAAAGAACACGUAGAAGAAGUUCAAGCUAAAACUUGGACUACAAUGACGCCCCAACAAGUUUCGAUUUGGAUCGAUAAAAAAAGCCGCGUUGUAUUUCCGUUAUGUUUCUUAAUUUUUAAUAUAAUUUUUUGGAUUUUUGUCUUUUGUUGGUAAUUAUCUUUGUUUGAAUUGAAUACUUUAUCGCUACGUUUAAAUAUAUUUUUAUGUAAAAAUUAAAGUUUGAUUUACCUUCGAAGAAGAAUCCCAUUACAAAAAAAUUACAAAUUUCUUAAUUUUAGAGGCCACUUUCAACCGGUAGACCUCCAAAUGAAUCGCCUCCGUUCAAACACACGUGAUUCGGUAUGACGUAACGUUAGAUAGAGGUGCAACCACGAUCACGUGCUUUUUCUCGA